AUGGCUCCCGCACAAAUAAUGGAUCUAGCUGAAAGUGGAAUGAGUUAUUCACACAAAAAGUUCCAAGGUGGCAAUGCCCGUUAUGCCCAUAAGAAAUUUGGUACAAGGACGACACCAUCACCAACGACAGUCGCCGGCAUGUAUGGAGAAGCUAUGCCACAAUCAGUGCAGUUUGAUGGAACCACAAUUUGCAGCAGCAACAGCCAGGAGAAUGUGAUGGUGAACAAAAGCAAGAAAUCCUCACGGGGUGGUGAUAUUUUCCGACCCUAUGCCCUGGGUGAUAAUACACCACGCAAAAGGAAACAUCAAGAUGUCGAGGAAAAUGAUCAGCAAAAUGGAGAAUCAGAAGAAAAUCGCCAUUAUGGCAAAAGAUUUGCUGUAACAUCACCUAUUCCUCCUGCAGUAACAUCACCAGUUCUUCCAGCCCUAACAACCACACCCCCUUUGGAACCCUCUCUACCCCUACUACCCCCUCUAAUGCCAAUGUUUGGUCUCCAGCCACUGCAAUUCAAUGCCGAAACAUUUGCCCUAAUGUUCCGCAAACAACAUGAGGCUCUAUGUAUUGGUGAAACGCUGAAGAGGUUUGCCUAA